CGGUAGAAAGAAAGGGGGUUAACAGAAGCCCCUUUGUUUAAAAGGGGUUUUGAAUGUCAGGGUGGAGCUAAAAGUCUCAGUUGAACAUGGUUGGUGUGAAGACGAAGCUACCGAUGUCGUGCUUGCAUACCGGGAUGACUCACAGCCUGGUACAAUCGUAGUGUUUGACAGGUGGCGAAAUGCAUGGCGCCGGAAUAAUCCAGUCCGGCUUGCAGCCUGUGUCCGGGAAGUCGAAGAAAAGCAACCUUACUACAGCUUGGUGGUGCGCAUGCUGAAGGAAUGGAAUCAGAAUUGUCCUCGCAUUCGCAAGGCUCGCACAGGUGCAGUCAUGGGCGAAGUGACACUGUUGGACGACGAGCUUCCUGUAGAAUUUGGAGGCCCAAGGGACACAAUCGUUUUGGAUCCGUCUCCUCACAGUGACAUGGAUGUUUACGAUCCAGCUGAUGCGUACAAAUUGAAGCAACCAAUGACAGGCCUGCAUAUUGAAAUGGCUUUGUGCUUGCAUCACGACGGGUUCCGAGACACCUUUUGGGCAAGGCAUUUGAAUUCCCGCAAGAACCUCCAAAAUCGUACGGAAGACAUGUUGGCGAAGGAGCCGAAGACGCCCUGUGCUAUUGAUCUACUAGUGGGCGCGGUUGAACACUUAGCAGCAACUCUGACAGUCCCAAUUUGGACGCCGGGAGACGAGAUGUUUGCAAACCAAGCGAUGCUGGCUGAUGCAGAUCAUCUUGUGCAAAGGACACACACACUCCUCCACGAGCUGCUGUUCGAGCUGCGGAAAGUACAGCGCGAACCGGGCACUCCAGACGCCACUGGUUUCUUAAGAUCCAGGCUUUUACGACAGCAUCGAAGCUGGGAUGAUUAUCAUGCGUCGUUUCUGGCAAAACAGGAUUGAGGGAAACACAUGCUAGUGACUCGUGUUGUCAGCUGCGCGCGGAAGUGGGAA